AUGAAGAAGCCUGAACGCAACGGAAGAGUUGUCGUUCAAAAUCUCACUUACGAGGACAGCGGGGUCGCGAUUUCCGGCGAGCCUUCCUCUUCCGGGGAAUGCGACGGGAUAGUAUCCCUUCAAGCACCUAAAGAAAUUAAGGAAGAUGCGAAUCCUGAUCCUAGGUAUGCUGCGCAUUGUACUAUAAGACAACAUUAUUAUCCCGAAAAUGGUUGGGGCUGGGUCAUCGUCGUGACGGGUGUCAUGGUGCAAAUUCUCGCCACGGGGAUACAUGGGGCCGUAGGGGCUUGGUUACUCCUUGAUGGGACAAAGCGAUAUCGUCAGACUCUUCUUAAUGUAGGAUGGCUGGGGGCAAUGUCGACGGGAGUCGCCUUGCUCGUGUCGCCGGUUACAAUAGCGUUUUGCCGAAAAAAAAGUACGAGAGUAACAGCAGUCUUGGGCGGCCUCGUUACCGCCCUCGGCUGCCUCUUUACUUCCUUUGCCUCGCAAUUUCAUCAAUUGUUCUUCAGCUAUGGUACCGUCGUUGGGAUUGGGGUUGGAAUGACACGAGAUUGUAGUACGUUGAUGGUAGCUCAGUAUUUCAAGAGGAAGAGAGAAUUGGUUGAAAUUUUUAUCGUCUCAGGAAGCGGCUUGGGUAUAGCAGUUAUGUCUGCUUUUAUAAAAGGAGCAAUCACUAAAAUCGGAUGGCGACUUGGCCUUCAAGCUGUCACGGGGGUGGUCUUUCUCACUUUUAUUCUCGGCACUUUUUAUCGUAGCGCUUCGCUGUAUCAUCCUCAACGAAGAGCAAUUUUACACUUGAAAAAUCAAAAACGCAAGAUAAAGGACAAAAAUAAAGCCACCGACAAACCACCGUUUUUCGAUUUUAGCACUUUGAAAAGUAAAACAGUGCGGAUUCUUUUGGUAUCUACCAGUAUUUCGGCAUUCGGAAUCAAUACGCCGAUAUUUUAUCUGGCACAUCAAGCGGAAGAAGAAGGUCUUGGUGAUACUGUCGUCCUACUACAAGCUUAUCUCGGGUUAGCUUGGACUCUUGGCUGUGUAGCUUUUGGACUUCUAGUCGUUCAUCGCAAUGUUGAAUGCAGAAUAGCCCGCCAGUAUCUUACACAAGCAGCAGUCUUUGUGUGCGGACUUUGCAUUCUCGCUCUUACUGCCGUACAAGGAAAUUAUCACGGAUACGUUAUGUUUGCGUGGAUUUACGGCAUUUUCUGUGGCGGUUAUCAUUACAGUCUGAAGAUGUAUACAUACGAAAGAGUAAGAGCGCGGAACUUUGCCAGAACAUGGGGUUUCGUUCAAUGCUCUCAAGCCAUACCAAUUGCAAUCGGAGUACCAAUAUCAGGAUAUAUAAAUGUGGGUUGUGGUGGAAAGGCUGGCUACUACUUCAGCUCGACAUGUGUUUUGGUUGGCAGUUUUACACUCUUCUUCAUUGAUUUGCAUAGAAGAAAUUUAUCAAGACAUAAACACACCAGAGCUAAUGGUAAAAAACAUGUAUGCUCCUCGGACAGUUGUCCUCAACGACGAAAAUUGUCGUUUAGUCAAGAACUUAAAAACGAGGGAUCUCACGUAGCCGCUGCUGGAGCAGCCGGAACGACGGCUGCAGCACUCAUUUUAGGGGCCGAUAUUGCUCCAGUACAAGGUGAAGGAAUAGACGCUUUAGGAAUAGAUAAACCGGAACUCACAUGCAUUUCAGAAGAAGGUAUCGCCGACAUGGAUUUACCUGAUAAUUUACUGGAAGAUUUCGAUUACAUAGGUGAUUGUAUAACUUCGUGCAACAAAGUUGAGAACUACCUUAUGCUCUCGGAAUUCGAGAAUAAUCUGAUUGCUGAGAUGCCAAUUAUUAUGGAUCGUUGUGGACGCAGAUGGUCCCUGGGGCGAUCGAAGACAAAUCAAUCUAAUUGUGGUCAGCUUAGUGGCGUUCAAUCAACAACUAAUGAAGAUGUCAAACCGAAAUGGCGUUUCACGAAUGUACCGCCUAAUACUAACACCAGAACGAUUACUGUUAUUGACGAAGCUAGUAUAUAAUUCCGAGCACGGAUAA